AUGAGUGGUAUUCAGCGGUUCCUCACGCGGCGUGAGAAACAGAGACGCUAUGGAAAACAAGACAAAGAGUUGUCAGGUGUCCUCUUGGGCCCGCAGUUUCGGGGAUUUUUUGCGUCGGCCAAUGCUACAUCCGCAUACGACAAAGAUGAAGAGAAGAAGCUCAAGAACCUAGAACGGCGAAUCGCUUCACUUGGAAUCUCUGGACUGAAGCCCGAACACUACCUAUAUGCACUUCGAUCAAAAUGUGCACAAGGAGACGAGGACAAGGCGUUUGAGAUGCUCCUGAUCCUAGAAGACUCAAUAGAGGGCAUUAUCAGAGGCUAUGCUCCGAGCACAAAACUUCUCGGGGCAGAGAAUCGAAAUGGCGUCACUUGCUAUCUUGACGCAUUGCUCUUCGCUAUGUUUGCUCGGCUCGACUGCUUUGAAGCAAUUCUCUACAAAUCAUUCAAUGACGAGCCUCGACGGAAACUUUCUAUCAUUUUACGGCUUUGGGUGAAUCUGUUGAGGUCCGGAAAACUGAUUACCACAGAUAUUACCGAACACCUCCAAAAGUCUCUUUCAGAAUGUGGCUGGCCAGAGGCAGCUGAACUCCGGCAGCAAGAUGCGUCAGAGGCUUUUACAUUCAUCACUGAGAAGCUGGAGUUGCCCCUGCUGACCCUCAAGAUGGAUAUCUACCAUACAGGGAAGGAAGAUGCCGUCGAUGAUCACAAAUUUGUCAAUGAGAGACUGCUAGAAGUGGCAAUCCCCCCUGAGCAUCCUGAUGGCAGUGCAAUUACUCUGGAGGACUGUCUUGAAUCCUACUUUAAUAACAAGAUCGAAGUAAAGCGAUACCUGGAACGACGACACACUAUUGGAUCUGUAAGAUCCUUUGAUUCGACUGCCAAGGAAACAUCAGUUCAUGUGGAAACUGUUGAAGUGGGUUCGUCUGCUUCGUCACCAAUCCAUACAGGCUCUCCGCGAGUUGACGAAGGCCGCCCGCUAUCCCCAGCAGUGGAUACCAACCUACUUCAAAAUUCCCCGCUCCGACGGGCCAGCAUUGUACAAGAACGCUUUAUUCCCGACAAGGACGGCCAGAAUGGGGAGAGUGGUGAGGGUAGCACAACACCUCACCGCUCUCGACAGAGAAAGGGGAGUUACAGAAAAGAGGUGAUGAUGCCUGCGUGGCAGUUUUUCAGUUUGAUACCGUGGUAUACGGACAAUACGCCGACGAAUGAUGCGCAGGUGGCGGCACACUUUUCUUUGAAGCGGCCUAUCCUUGGUAUGUGCUUGAAGCGCUAUUCCGUAUUGCCGAAUGGGAAGGCAAUCAGGCUCAACACCUACAUCGACGUACCCAUUGAAAUUGGUUUACCGCAUUUCAUCCAAGAUGACAAGAUGGAUGACAACGGCCCGUUAUACGGCAACUUCAAGCUGUCUCUACAAUCUGUAGUAUGCCAUCGGGGGGAUUCUGUCGAUUCGGGUCACUAUAUCGCUCUUGUGCGAGGAACCAGUUCUAAUGCAGCCCAGCAAGCUUCGGGAAGCUUGGACUCGAAUGCGACUCUGGGACCAGAUGCAUCGGAGCAGUGGAUGCGCUUUGACGAUCUGGCCCCUGAACGUAUCACCCUGGUCGAUAUCGAGCAGGCUUUGAGGGAGGAAUCUCCAUAUCUUCUUUUCUACCAGAUAGUUCCAAUUGACGAAGAAGGCGAAGAAAUACAGAAUCGUGCUUCUUAUACCGAGGCUGAAGAGGACGUCGAUGGUCCCGUGGCAGUGUACGUGUCUUCUGCGGCAUGCACCGAUGAUGAUCCCCCUGAGACAUCUGCGCCUGGUUCUGCUCGGCUAAGCUUCGAAAUAACACGCCCAGACACAGAAGAGUCCAGACAAUCCCAAAGGAGACAAAGUGUGUCUUUCUCAGAUGCUCUUCGGAAUUCGUCCCAUGAAGAUAAUUCGGGCAAUCUCCAGGUUAAUUCCGCAGCACGUUCCGACCAGUCGACGCCUAAAGAACGGGGUCGAGGCUCAUUUUCGUUGUCUCGACGAACGUCCAGAGGUCUUAAAAGUCGUUCUCGAAGCGGAGGUGAAGAACAAGGUAGCGAAAACCGGCUUAGUGCCGCAUUCUCUCGAUUUGCCAAUCUUCGACUCAGUAGAGAAAAACUACCCAGCGAUUCCAACAGCGCAAUCGAAGACGGCGACGAGCCAACCAAAGGCGGCGGCUCUCUUGGUGAUGACAAUACAGCUGACAUCACGCCUAGCAUGACCGAGAAUGAAGGCAAGCGCACGAAUGGCCGAACCACGAAACCCCGAAAUGGAAAGCGUACCGAGAGGUUUGCACGAGUGAGACGUGGAAAGCAGCCCGAAAGGGAAUGCAUUGUUAUGUGA